UGUCUCAGUCUGUGUCAACUCGAGUAUCAGUGCGAAUCAAAGCAGCUCCUCAUCUUCCUCACCAUGCUGACCUCUCUGUGCGCUCCUCACCUCGUGUUGUUGCUCAGUUAAGUCGCUUGUUGGAUCAGACGGAUACACACGUCGCCAUGGGAGGCAGAGGCAGAGCACCUGGACGUGACGAGGACUUCUCCUUCGUCAGUCCGAUUGUCAAGUAUCUGCUGUUCCUGUUUAAUUUCUUAUUCUGGAUAAUCUCCUUCGUGAUGGUGUCGAUCGGCGUGUAUGCUCGCAUGAUGAAACACGCAGAGGCAGCCCUGGCCUGUCUGUCAGUGGACCCUGCGAUAAUGCUGAUGGUGGUGGGGCUCCUCAUGUUCAUCCUUACCUUCUGUGGCUGCGUGGGCUCCCUGCGAGAAAACAUCUGCCUCCUGCAGACAUUCUGUAUCUCUCUGACAGUGAUCUUCCUGCUGCAGCUCACUGCUGGAAUCCUGGGCUUCGUCUUCUCUGAUACGGCACGGGGCAAAGUGACUGAGAUGAUCAACAACGCCAUCGUCCACUACAGAGACGACAUCGAUCUGCAAAACAUGAUUGAUUUUGGUCAGAUGGAGUUUGGCUGCUGUGGUGGUGUGGCGUACAACGACUGGUCCCAGAACAUGUACUUCAACUGCAACAAGGACAACCCGAGCAGAGAGCGCUGCUCUGUCCCCUUCUCCUGCUGCAUCAUGUCCAAAGACAAGGAGGUUGUCAACACCAUGUGUGGCCAGGGCAUGCAGGAUUUAGAGUACCUCAAAGCUGGAGACCACAUCUACACCAAUGGCUGCAUAGAUAAAUUAGUCAACUGGAUUCACAGCAACAUGUUCCUACUGGGAGGUAUCGCACUGGGAUUGGCUAUACCACAGCUGGUUGGGAUCCUCUUGUCCCAGAUUCUGAUCAACCAGAUCAAAGACCAGAUCGUGCUGCAGAACUACAACCUCAAACACCGCUCCGACCCGUGGAGCUGACCCAGACCAGGUCCUGAUCGACGACACUAGGAAGAUGGAGAUACGAGCAGCUGGAGGAAGACGGGUAGAAUCAGUCUAAAGAAAAACAUCUGUACGAGCAUCUCAUUCCUGUUGGAUGAAAAAAGGAAACAAAUGGACAUAUAGCACUCUGUCGCCACCCACUGGACACAGACCAUGCCUGUAUUUACCAAACAUUUCAUAGGCAGUGGUUCCCAGCCAGGGGGCAGAGGUCUUUAGUGCCAAGGGUCACACUGACAUUAAAUCAAUUACUUCUGUCAGUAUAAUCUUCCUUUCAUGAGAUGCCGAAUUGGAGUGGGAGUAAGAAGUUGUUUAAUCGUCCUCACUGCUGCAGGACUGAAAAGGGAAUAUCUUUUUCUACAACUAUUUUGCAGCUUAUUGAGAUUUCUGAUAUUUGCUGGAUCACUUUGUGUUCAUACAUGUUUUAGAAUUAUGUGUCCUGACCUGGAAUUUGCAAUUUUUCACUUCUAGAUGAAUUACCCAGGAAACCCAUCCCACCCCGGUUACACUAUAACAAACGUUCUUAUUACACAAUGAUUCAAACAUGUUUCAUUUGAUAAGAGCUGCAAACUAAUGUCUUGACGCUUCACAACGUGGUCGUGUCAGGCUUCUGUCCUGCUGAGACCUCACACCGCACAGUGUGAUGUCACUUCCUCCCCAGCCAGCUGACGGUAGGUGUGACUGCAGAGCGGCUGGAUUUUGCGGGGGUGUGUGUCUGAACAGACCGCCACUCCAAACAAAUGUUUUGCCAAAGCACACACAGCUCAUAUUCUGCACAUAUGUUGUGGCUGAUGUAUUUUAAAUCCUGUUCCCACCCUUUAUUCUUUCAUUCUUCUUGUUUUUAACUAAAACACAGAAGGAGCAGGGACUCUCAGGUUUCCCACAAAAGAAAAGAAAACUGCUCGUUGAUGUCACCACUACAGGCUGAGGUUGUAUUUUGCGUACUAUCAUUAAACAGAUUUAAUAUAAUCGCACCUUCUCUGUAUUGAAACAGAACCAGUAAAAGUUCGAUUUCCUCUAGCAGCAAAGUAAAGAGUAGCUGCACUUUAACUGUUUUUGUCAGGAUUCAGAUUCAGUGUGGUGAUAAAUGUUAACUGCUCUUUGUAUCCACAGCUGUAAAGGUCAGAAUUCAAUAUAAAUUCUUAAAACAAAACACCGUCAUCUCAUCUCCACCCAAUUUCUCCACUUGGCAAAUGAAACCCUGAGUUCUGAGGCGUUCACACACUGAAACCUGACGCCUGCAAUCUUUGGGAGCAUGAAACAGUCUGACAGUCUUUGACGCAAGUCCACAAUCUAAACAUGACAUUUCUGUGUUAGUUUAAAGCUGCGGUUACUCCUUCAGCUCAGAAUCCACUGCAUCAGGCACAAAGGAAUGAAAGCACUUUACUUUAGGGGGGCAACAUUUUGUAAUUUAGUAGGACAGUGGAAAAGUGACAGUGCAAACCACAGUUUGUGGCCCUGUCUCUUGUGAUUGUGUGUGUGUGUGUGUGUGUGU